GCUCCCCGCCCGCCUCUGUGCUUGUGGCCCGGUGCCGCCGCCGCCGCCGCCCCCGCGCGGGACCGGGCGCCGCGGAGGAUGAGCUGGUUCAACGCCUCGCAGCUGUCCAGCUUCGCCAAGCAGGCGCUGUCGCAGGCCCAAAAGUCCAUCGACCGGGUGCUGGACAUCCAGGCCGAGGAGAGCCCCUGGCCCGACGCCGUCAUCCCCGACUACGGCGACGGAACAAAUUCUCUCAUAAGUGGAGGAUGGGAUACAUCUUCCUGGCGCUUAAGUUCAAAUACAGAACCACAGAAUCAGCCAAUAUCGCCAACAGCAAUUACUAAGCCAGUGAGGAGGACGGUAGUAGAUGAAUCUGAAAACUUCUUCAGUGCCUUUCUCUCUCCAACAGACGUUCAGAGUAUACAGAAAAAUCCAGUGGUGUCCAAACCUCCAGCCAAAUCACAGCGACCCAAAGAGGAGGUGAAAAGCACUUCAAAGGAGUCUCAACACCCCAGUCAGCUGGAAGUGCCAGUGACAACAGAGGCAGAAGUGAAGGAUUCCUCCGUAGCUGUCCUAGUAGACUUGAAAAACCUCGAUAUUCCCAAGGAGAAAUUGGAAGAGAAUUCUCUGCUUAAAUCUAAUGCCAAGCCUGAAGAAAGCACAAAUGAAGUUACUGACAAAAAGGUGUCUGCUCUAAAUUUGGAAGUACCUGAAGAUGCUCUUAAUGAAAAAUCCAGCAUAGGAGGGGAUGCAAUGGGAGGUGCACCGGAUAGCACUUCGCAGCCUCUUAAUGCAGGUACAAAAGACAUGGGUUUGGAAACUAAGGAGCGGAAGACUGAGGACAGGCAAAGCAAUACGCCUUCACCUCCAAUUAGCACUUUCUCCUCGGGGACAUCUACAACUAGCGAUAUUGAAGUGCUGGACCAUGAAAGUGUAAUAAGUGAGAGCUCAGUAAGUUCAAGACAAGAAGCUGCAGAUUCAAAAUCCAGUCUUCAUCUAAUGCAAACAUCAUUUCAGCUUUUAUCUACAUCUGCCUGUGCGGAUUAUAAUCGCUUAGAUGACUUUCAAAAAAUGACCGAGAGCUGCUGCUCCUCUGAUGCUUUCGAAAGAAUUGAUUCAUUUAGUGUACAGUCUUUAGAUAGUAGAAGUGUAAGUGAAAUAAAUUCAGAUGAUGAGUUAUCAGGCAGGGCUUCUGCUUCAGCAUCUGUUGCUGUCAGUCCUUCUGCGCCAAAGACAGAAACGGUUGAUGCCCAGAAAAAUAAAUCUGAAAACUUGAAUGACACUCCUGUUUUACAUGCUGAGGAAGCUGAGAUGGAAGAGAGUGGGAGAAGUGCAACCCCUGUUAAUUCUGAGCAGCCAGAUGUUUUGGUUGCUACUGUGCAAAAUGUUGAAGAACAGGUUGUGAAAGAGGAGACUGAGCCGCAGCAGGAUGCUGUUGAAAAAUUGUUAGAAGAGGAUGCUGAAAAGCAAGAGCUUAAAAAGAUGAUUGAUUCAUUAACUGAGAAACUGGAGAAGAGGGAAAUACAGUUAUUAAGUACUAGUAAAGAAAAGGCGCGCCUGGAAGAAGCUUAUGAUAACCUAAAAGAUGAAAUGUUUAGAAUGAAAGAAGAGAGCAGUAGCCUUUCAUCUCUUAAAGAGGAGUUUGCUCAGCGAAUUGCGGAUGCUGAAAAGAAGCUCCAGCUAGCCUGCAAAGAAAGAGAUGCAGCUAAAAAGGAAGUAAAGACUGUUAAAGAAGAAUUGGCUACUAGGCUUAAUACCAAUGAAACUGCUGAAUUGCUGAAAGAAAAAGAAGAGCAAAUCAAAGGAUUGAUGGAGGAAGGAGAAAAGCUUUCCAAACAGCAGCUGCACAAUUCCAACAUCAUUAAGAAAUUAAGAGCCAAAGAGAAAGAGAGAGAAAAUAUUAACACAAAACAGAACAAAAAGAUUAAGGAAUUGGAAGAGGAGUUGCAGCAUUUAAAACAAGUGCUUGAUGGCAAGGAAGACCUUGAGAAGCAACAUCGAGACAGCAUUAAACAACUGAACAGUGUUGUAGAGCGACAAGAAAAGGAUCUUGCUAAACUUCAGGCGGAGGUGGAAGAUCUUGAAGAACGGAACAGAAGUGUCCAGGCAGCACUUGACAGUGCAUACAAGGAACUUGCAGAUCUUCAUAAAGCUAAUGCUACAAAGGACAGUGAGGCACAAGAAGCAGCCCUAAGUCGGGAAAUGAAGGCAAAGGAAGAGCUUGGAUUAGCUCUGGAGAAGGCCCAGGACGAGGCUCGGCAGCAACAAGAAACUUUAGCAAUUCAGGUGGCGGACCUGAGGCUAGCAUUGCAACGUGCAGAACAGCAGGCAGCAAGAAAAGAAGACUAUUUACGCCAGGAAAUUGGUGAACUACAACAGAGACUCCAAGAAGCAGAGAGCCGGAACCAAGAACUAAGUCAAAGUGUUACGUCUGCUACACGGCCACUUCUCCGGCAGAUAGAAAAUCUGCAAGCCACGCUGGGAGCACAAACCUCUGCGUGGGAAAAACUGGAGAAGAACCUUUCUGACAGACUUGGUGAGUCUCAAACUCUUCUAGCAGCAGCUGCUGAGAGAGAACGGGCUGCUACAGAAGAACUUCUUUCUAAUAAAAUUCAGAUGUCUUCUACUGAAUCUCAGAAUAGUCUUUUAAGACAAGAAAAUACACGCCUUCAGGCUCAGCUAGAAGUGGAGAGAAGCAGAUUGAAGAAAAUGGAAAAUGAAAACAGUAGGUAUGAGGUUGAACUAGAAGGGCUCAAAGAUGAGUAUGCAAAAACCUUGGAAGAUGCAAAGAAAGAAAAGACGCUGCUAGCUACUCAGUUAGAAAUGGAGAAGAUGAAAGUUGAACAGGAAAGAAAGAAGGCAAUUUUUGUGCAAGAAGCAGCAAAGGAGAAGGAUCGGAAGUCAUUUACAGUUGAAACUGUUUCAAGUACUCCAACUAUGUCACGCUCUAGUUCCAUAAGUGGAGUUGACAUGGCAGGUCUUCAGACAUCUUUCCUCUCCCAGGAUGAUCCUCAUGAUCACUCAUUUGGGCCAAUAGCUACUAGUGGGAGCAAUCUUUAUGAUGCUAUAAGGAUGGGAGCAGGUUCAAGUAUAAUUGAAAACCUUCAGUCACAGCUAAAACUAAGAGAAGGAGAGAUUGCACAUCUCCAGCUGGAAAUUGGAAACCUUGAGAAAACCCGAUCGAUAAUGGCAGAAGAACUGGUUAAAUUAACAAACCAAAACGAUGAACUUGAAGAAAAAGUGAAGGAAAUACCAAAAUUACGUGCACAGUUAAAGGAUUUGGAUCAAAGAUACAAUACAAUUCUUCAGAUGUAUGGAGAGAAAGCAGAGGAAGCUGAAGAACUCCGACUGGAUCUCGAAGAUGUGAAAAACAUGUACAAGACUCAGAUAGAUGAACUUUUAAAACAAAGACAAAAUUAAUUCCUGCUGGAACUCUUAACAUUAUAUGUUAACAGAUUGUAAAGAUAAUUGUUUAUGUAAAUGCUGAAUUUAAAUGUCUUGUAAAAA